UCUUCUUUUCACUCAGGUGCAUUAUCCUGCUGUUGUUCUUUAAAGCCCACGUCACACAGGUGGCAGUUGCUGCCACUGCUAAAAACCAUGGAGGAAAUGUCUGAUUUCACAGCUUAUAAUGCAUCCCCGUGCACAAUCUUGUCCUCUGCUCCUAUAGAAGUUGAGUCAUCUUUGCCUUAUCAAGCAAACAUAAAGAAAGUGCGCUUACACUGCUAUAGCUGGUUGUUUAUUACAAAAACUGUGUCAGACUGGUGUGGAUUCUCAUCACCUGGAGAAUUGGACAGAAAACAGACCGGCUCUCCUGGUCCUUGCCUCCUUCUCAUCUCAUCUUAUUAUUAUCAUACUUCAUCCGCCCCUCAACAUCACUACAGAUCUAUUCAUAGCUUUUUUUUUUUUUGUCUAAUUCCAGCGACCAGCCCACUUAUUUUUACUUCUGACUUUUUUUUGCUUGAUUCACUCACCCAGCUCAACACAGCUGCAUAUCAAUUUUUAAUAUAGUGCUAGCUUCCCCUCUUACUUUCUUUUUAUUUUUGAACACUUUUCUUUUUAUUUUGUCUUUUUAUACCUGGUGCUCUGGUCAUUGCUCUAAAGGUUCAGACCCAGUGACCACCGGACAGUAUGUGGUCCAACUUCUAUGUGCAGAAGGAAGAGGAGGGUCGUGCUGGGGGGGCUGGAGCUGCACAGGCUGGGGCUUUGGGGGGAAUGAAAGGUUUUAGAGGACAAAGGCGGACCAAUAAGAUGAGUGACAGCCAAGAGGGGAAGAUUAAGCUGGCAUUCUUCGUGUCUAUCGUUGGCGUGACCCUGACAGUCUUGGGCAUGGGGACAGAGUUUUGGGUGGAGCUGGCCCAACCAAAGACUUUCAGUGGCAACCAGACCUGCCAGAUGGCUCAUUAUGGCCUGUGGAAGGGCUGCAUCCGUACCCUGUGGGUGUCUGACAUAGACCCAGAGAGGACAAGCUGCGGCCCUGCUGACCUACCUGGAGAAUCCAACUGCACCUACUUCAAAUUCUUCACCUCUGGGGAGAAUGCAGUCAUAUUCAAGAAGACGACUAACAGGAAUCUGAAUCUAACAGCAGCUGUCUUGGCACUUUUGAGCCUGACCAUGAUGGUGAUGGGCUCCAUUUGUAUAGUUAUGUCCCUCAGCAAAGCAGUGCCGUUCUUCCUCAAACCAGCCUCCUUCUGCUUCUUUCUAUCAGGUGUGCUAGUCCUACUGUCAGUCCUGAUUUUCCACCAGUCCGUGCUGGCCUUGCUGUCCAGCGACCACUCCGUGCCUCUACACCAUGAGCUGUCCUGGUCUGUGGCCUGUGUGGGAUCAGCAGGAGCCAUUCUCAUUUUUGGAGGUUUCCUCUUCCUCCUCCUCACGCUUCCUUUCAGCCCCUGGCAGAAAUGUUGGCCUCACAAGAAUAGCGCCACCUAGUCCAUAAAUGCUGAAAUGAGUGUCGUCUACAGUGUUCUUAACUUUUGAGAGCAACCAAAAAGGCGUGAAAACCUUAGGCACUAAAACUUUAGUUGCCAACACUUAGUCCUUCACAACUUUAAUCUGGCGUGUUAUAUAGCGGUGCUGAAAUACACUGUAAACUCGGCAUGUUGAAACUUAACACCUUUUGAGCUACACUGAACGUGAGAACAACUAUGAAGUGUUUUUUAUUAUUAUCAUUAUUAUCUAGAAAAUCUCUGCAUGACCCUAUUUGUUUGUGCCGUCAAAUCACUGUUUUAAAAAUGAAUGUGCUUCAUGAUGUUGUCAGUGACUAUAACACCAUGAUUACAGUUCGCUUAGGUUUUACUAUUGAAAAGCUUGGGACAAUUUACAAAACGGUCAUAGUUAAUUAUAUAAAACUUUGUAAGCUUUCUAAGGGUGGUUAAACUUUGUAAUCAUGUUUACAAUAAUAAUCUUGGUUAAAUUCCAGUUUUUUAAAAGUUCCACUGAUCCACUCAAACUCCAUCCCUCUGAUAUUCAGAUGCAGACGGAUUUGUUGGUAUCUUUACAACUCAUUGAGACAACGCUUUAUUUCUCCUAAAAAUUAUCACAGUAAAAGCAGUUUACUCCUGUAUACCUGCAUGCCUUUAAUUUGUAAUAUAUUAAAUAUUAAAUAUGAAAAAGGAAGUAUUUUUUGUUUAUUUCAGAUAAAUAUUCUGGAUUAGCUUGGAAAGAUUCGCUAGUACCCCAAAAAAUGAUCACAAGUCAUCGUAUUGAAGUCAUUUUUCAAUCUGACUUUUAAACCUUCAUUAGCAUCACAGAUGUCUUUAAUUUAUUUACCCGGCAAUCAGAUCAUUAAAAGAGAGAAAAUCGACACAAUUUUUUCUAGAUUGGUAUCAUUGUGACCACAACGCUGCACGAGGACCAGAGUAGACCAGAGGAAAGGCAACAGUUGUCUGAGGAAAUCAGAAAGAAAAUGAUUCUAAAAGCAUUUUCAUGACUAUAAGAACAGUGAGAAAAAAGUAAGAAAAAGAAUAUAAAAACAUCUCCAAACAGCGUCUCAUCAACAAAUGUGUCCAUGUCUGUGAACGGUCAGAGGCUCCACAACAACCUCCUGAUUCCUCUUUUGUCCCAGUCAGAAACAGCUGCUUGAGGCCUUUUCCACUUGAGUGUAACCUUAAACGUAUGUCUUUCUAAAUAUUGUUGACUAUUCCUGUUUGUCUUGCAAGAGCGUGACAAAAAUAUCAUUAGAUGGAAAGGAAAAAAAUAAACUUGAUGCAAUAAAAUGAUAAACGUUAAGCCUUCCUAUGACUUUUUUGUCCUUAGCUAUAAAGGCUUGUUUUUGGUAAAAAAGAAACCAUCAGAAUGUGUUUGCACUAACACUAGCAGCAAAUACUCCUCUGAUCAUUUCAGUACAGAGACAUCAAUAAGUACAGAGAAAGUAUAGAUUACUUUGAGAAAAACUAAUCUAUAGUGCACAAUAAAACUAUUUGUAUUCUGCCAAUAAAUUCAGCCACGUUUUGAACACUUUGUACGUGAAAAGCUGCUAUUUGCUGGCACUAUUUAUGUCUUACAUUGUUGUCUGCAGUGAUUGCUUGAGUGCCGCGUUAAUGUACUCGAUAAUUAAUCUCAACUUGUGAGAACGGAUUAAAAUACUUACACCAGACAAGUGAAUGGGUGCACUUUGUUACUCACUUAAUAAGCUCAACUAUGUACAUAAAAUAAACAUGUUUUUUUGUUAAAUGUAUGUCAAAUUGUCUCCAGCAAUUUUAUUUGCCCCAUGUAUGUAUGUAUGAAUACACUUAUUUUGAUUAAUUUUUUGAUUUCAUUUAUCUGAUAGU